CCAGCUCCCUCUCUGGCUCUCACUGUCGCCUCCUCUAUAAAGCCCAGCUCUCCCGACACCCCACUUGCCCACCCUUGCUGCUGCCAGCUCUGGGCUCCAUGGACUGGUCCCACCUGAGGUGCCCUUGACCGUCCCUGCCCUCACCCCACCCCGGAUCCCGGCAAUGCUAACCGCUGUCUGUGGCUCUCUGGGCAGCCAGCACACCGACGCGCCUCACGCAUCACCGCCGCGCCUCGACCUGCAGCCUCUCCAGACGUACCAGGGUCACACGAGCCCUGAGGUCGGGGACUACCCCUCCCCGCUGCAGCCCGGAGAGCUGCAGAGCCUCCCGCUGGGCCCGGAGGUAGACUUCUCACAGGGCUAUGAGUUGCCAGGGGCCUCCUCGCGGGUAACCUGCGAGGACCUGGAAAGUGACAGUCCUUUGGCUCCGGGACCCUUUUCCAAGCUCCUGCAGCCGGACAUGUCACAUCAUUACGAAUCGUGGUUCCGGCCGACUCACCCAGGCACGGAGGAUGGCUCGUGGUGGGACCUACAUCCCGGCACUAGCUGGAUGGACCUCCCCCAUACUCAAGGAGCGCUGACCUCACCUGGCCACCCGGGGGCGCUUCAGCCGGGUUUGGGAGGAUACGUCGGAGACCACCAGCUCUGUGCUCCGCCGCCCCAUCCGCACCCGCACCACCUCCUCCCAGCCGCGGGUGGGCAGCACCUCCUAGGGCCACCCGACGGGGCUAAGGCCUUGGAAGCGGCGGCGCCAGAGUCCCAAGGGCUGGAUUCCAGUCUGGAUGCGGCGGCCCGACCCAAAGGCUCCCGGCGGUCUGUGCCCCGCAGCUCUGGGCAGACCGUGUGUCGCUGCCCCAACUGCCUGGAGGCGGAGCGACUCGGGGCUCCGUGCGGGCCCGAUGGGGGCAAGAAGAAGCAUUUGCACAACUGCCACAUCCCAGGCUGCGGGAAAGCCUACGCCAAGACGUCGCAUCUGAAGGCGCACCUGCGGUGGCACAGCGGCGACCGUCCCUUCGUGUGCAACUGGCUUUUCUGUGGCAAGCGCUUCACGCGCUCCGAUGAGCUGCAGCGCCACCUUCAGACCCACACCGGGACCAAGAAGUUUCCCUGUGCGGUCUGCAGCCGAGUCUUCAUGCGCAGCGACCACCUGGCCAAGCACAUGAAAACCCACGAGGGAGCCAAAGAGGAGGCUGCGGCGGCGGCCCAGGGCGAGGCCAAGGCGGGCGGCACGGUGGAGCCACCCGGGAGCAAAGGCAAACGGGAGGCCGAAAGCAGCUCGGCGCCCUCCAACUGAGCCCCCAUGGAUGUCACAUCCCUGCCGAUCUUUUUAGGGGGACGGCCUGAGGAAGAGGGGAAGGUGGUUAUUUAUUGAUGGUGAGGGGACGGGGAGAGGGGCGCUAAGGUUUUUUUGUUUGUUUGUUUGUUUGUUUGUUUUUUAGUUUCUGGGGCUAGAAGAGAGGCUAUUUGAGUGGUUAGGCUGCCAGGAGCUAAGUGUCCCGCCCCUCGCUUCUUUUCUUUCUCACUAUUUCACCCUCCCCUGAGUUGUUGAAGGGUUAGGAUGGAGCACUCCUAUCAUGUGGAGGGUUCGUCUAAUAGAAAUGGCACGUCCCAGGAGCUGAGGGGAAGAGAGACUGGCUUGGGGCGUUGGGGGUAGCUGUCUGGACACGUCUUUAGCUCCUGGGAACCUGGACAUAAAAGCACCUCGGAGCCGCCCAAAGGCCCAGGUCCCUUUCAUCCCCCUGCUAGCGCUUGUCCCUCUAAAAUUUCCAGAGAGAGAGCAGAGAUGAGGUAGGGGAGCCUGGGGUGGUUCCCCUUACGAGGGUUGCUCCAAUAGAACAAACCCCUUCAAUGAAUUCCUUAUAAACCCUUCUGAUUCAGUCUACAAGAGUCAGGAAAGGCACAGUUUCGUAGCCAGAGCUGUGAGCUGGAGGUCAGAGAUACAUGGGGAGAGGUAUCCAGCAGGGAGGUCCUCUUACAAAAUUGGAAGAAGCGUGACAUGGGGGGGGGGGAUGGAAGAACUAACUGCUUCUUUUUCCAACUCUAAUUCAAUCCUUAACUCUUAGACCUUUUAAAAAGAAAUCAAAUUCAGUAGUUCCCAUUCUCCAUCCAAUACCCUAGGUAGUUUUCUAAAGUCAGGCACCAACACCAACUCCAGAGUUGACAUAGACUCCCCUACCCUACCCCACCCCACCCUCAGGUCCCUAUCUUUAGCUUUCUCAAUGGGGAUGGAAGGGAGAGGGGUCCUUUGACUGUUUGGGGUUGUCCUAGCAGAGGGAUUACAGUGGAGGACCCUGUUCCUGUCUGGACUCCCCUGUCCCUCUUUUUAGCUUUAGCUUGACCCUUUCAUGUCCCCUCCACUAUUAUAGAGUCCCCCCCCCCGUGAGAAUUCUCCUUCCAUAUGAAGAGUUCUCCCCUAGAAGGGACUCUAGGAAGCUCUUUCUUUGUCCCUUUCUUAGAUGCUAGAGAUACAUUUGGGUUUUGAUCACAGGGUGGGGAGGGUAGAUUUCUGCCUAGCAGACCACAGGACCCUGGGGCUGGAGGCACACUCAGGUUUGAGGCAGAGGCCUUGAGUCCCUCCGACCUCUCUCUUGCUUUCUUCUCUCCACCCAGAACCCUCUGCAGGGAAUAGCUGUGUGUUGAUUUUUAAGUUAUAAGCAAUGGGUAUUUUAUUUAAUAAUUUUAGGGUGUGAGUGUAUAUGUGUGUGUUGUCUGUACCUGUAUGUAUGUAUGUAUGUGUUUCUCUACUGAGCCUGGGGUCUUCUGAGACCCCAUCUUGUUAACCCCAUCCAAGGUCUGGGGCCUAGACCCACAGUAUCUCUUCCUCCAUUGGGGAUGCUGGAGCCCAGUCCGAGGACUGGGAACUGUAUGGGAAGUAGGGGCUGGGAUCUGGGUAGGAAUAUGUGUUUGUGUAGAAAGAGCUCCUCCUUAAAAGGGACAGGGUGACUCCCUGUGGGAUGUAGGGGCCUGAGGUAGUUUAAGAAUAAGGUUCUUUCUAUAUUCUCCCUCUUUUCCUCACCUCCUGCUAACCUAAGCCAGAGGUCCCCUUUCUUACAAAGAGGACUGAGAGCAAGAGCAAAGCCGCCAUGUCUGCAGGUUGCCUGGCUAGGUAGGCACAGAGGGGGAGAAAGAAGGGCACCGUGGGUGUGGGAUGCUCUCUCCUCCACCCAUCGAAACCAGCCACCCUCUCCCUGUGCUACCAAGACAACCUUUUCCAGUGACCAUUCUUAGGGGAACUCCUACAUGGGUGUGGGGGGGUCAUGCAUGGUCCCCCUUAUAGACGCUCUGAACCCUAAGAUCUGCAGGUGGGGCUUUGGAUAGUUUUUGUUUGCCCUGCUCUUUAUCAACCUAGGUUUCUCAGCUGCCUGCCCUUCUAGGCAGCCCCCCUAGAGGAAAAUGUAGGAUUUUUUUUCUUUUACUGCUGUGAACCCACUUGGGGGGUGGGGAGGAGGAGGCAGAAAUAGCCUGUGUUUUUUAUGCAACAAUAAAGUCAUCAA